CGAGGAGUAAUUAAUGUGAUCUCCAAAUGCGAUGAUGAUGUCAUUAAUUUCGUUAAUAUUGGGGAAAAUGGUAAUUUUUCCUAUUUUUUAAGGGUUAAAACUUGAAACAAGGUACGGAAACACUGGAAGGUGCCAUGAUCACGUUACGCGCUAGAAAUGAGUUCAAAAAGGUUACUAUCUAGUACCGCUCGUUUCCGCCCAUUCCCUCCCAUGAUCAAAAACUAUCUAGACUGUUCCCAAAACACUCCCAUUCAGUUAAACACAGCUUACGCACCAAAAGCAUCUUCCUUUUUGGCCACUGAUCUCAUAAAAUCCUACUUUGAAAAGGGCUUAAUCAGAGAAGCACGCUCCCUGUUCGACGAAAUGCCUGACAGAGACGUGGUUGCGUGGACUACCAUGAUUGCAGGGUACGCAUCUUGCAACGAGCACGCCUAUGCAUGGGGUAUGUUCUGUAAUAUGGUAAGGAGUGAGAUGAACCCAGAUGAAUUUACGGUAUCAAGUGUGUUAAAGGCUUGUAAAGGCAUGAAAAGUCUUUCUUGUGGGGUUUUGGUUCAUGGGUUUGCUAUUAAGCACGGCAUACAAGGGUUUAUUUAUGUGGAUAAUGCACUAAUGGAUAUGUAUGCUACUUGCUGCGCUAGCAUGAGGGACGCAUGCAUGGUUUUUCGCGGUAUUGAGUUGAAGAAUCCUGUGUCGUGGACUACCUUGAUCGCUGGUUACACUCAUGGAGGUAAUGGCCAUCAUGGACUUCAAGUCUUCCGGCAAAUGUUACUGGAGGAAGCAGAAAGCAAUCCAUAUAGCUUUUCAAUUGCCAUUAGAGCUUGUGCUUCAAUUGGUUGUCAGAAUUAUGGCAAACAAAUUCAUACGGCAGUAAUUAAACACGGUUGUGAAUCCAGUCUUCCUGUCAUGAAUUCUAUAGUAGACAUGUAUUGUAGGUGUGGUUGUUUAUCUGAGGCAAAUCAGUAUUUCCAUGAGAUGACUCAAAAGGAUUUGAUCACGUGGAAUACAUUAAUAGCAGGAUAUGAAAAAUCUGAUUCUAGUGAGUCUUUUUUUAUAUUUUCACAAAUGGAGUCUAAUGGUUUUAGACCAGACUGCAUCACUUUUACUAGUGUAAUAGCAGCCUGUGCUAAUCUAGCAGUUUUGAGUUGUGGACAACUGAUUCAUGGAGGCAUUAUUUGCAGAGGCCUUGAGGGGGACUUGGCAUUGGCUAAUGCUUUGAUUGAUAUGUAUGCCAAGUGUGGUAGCAUAGCAGACUCGUGCAAAGUUUUUACUGAAUUGUCUUGUAAAAAUUUGGUUUCUUGGACCUCUAUGAUGAUUGGAUAUGGGGCUCAUGGAUAUGGAAGAGAGGUUAUUGAGUUGUUUGAUGAUAUGGUUGAAUCAGGUAUCAAACCUGAUCAGAUAGUGUUUAUGGCAGUUUUGAGUGCAUGUAGUCACGCUGGACUAGUAGACCAAGGCUUGAGGUAUUUCAAUUCUAUGAUGGAUGAUUAUAACAUCAAACCAGAUCAUGAGAUUUAUGGGUGUGUUGUGGAUAUGCUGGGCAGAGCUGGGAGAGUUGAGGAGGCCUAUCGACUGAUACAGAGUAUGCCAUUCACACCUAAUGAAUCUGUUUGGGGUGCACUCCUUGGUGCUUGUAAAGCACAUUGCCUUCCAAAUUUGGGCAAGUUGGCAGCUCAGAAAGUAUUGGAUUUGAGGCCACAGUUGGUUGGGACUUAUGUGAUGCUAUCAAAUCUGUAUGCAGCUGAAGGGAAGUGGGGGGAAUUUGCAAGGGUAAGAAAGUUGAUGAAGGGAACGGAAAUAAAAAAAGAGGUUGGAAGGAGUUGGAUUGAGGUAAGAAACGAGGUUUAUAGUUUUGCUGUGAGAGAUAAGGCGGGUCCUCAUAUAGGGUGGGUAUAUGGUGUUUUGGAGUGGUUGAUUCAGCAUAUGAAUGAAGCAGGUUAUGCACCUUUAGAUUGUUUAACUCAUGACCUGGAAGAUGGGACAUGAAUUGAAGUUGAGAACAGCAAAAAUGUAUUUGAAGCUUCCCAGUUUAUUUUCUGAUUGCGGUAUGUGCCAUUAAAUUAAUGUAAACUCAACUCAACUAAGCCUUAAUUCCAAAAUGGUUGGAAUAGGCUAUAUGGAUCUGUUUUAUCUAUCCUACGCGGUUUAGAAAUAUAUCUUCAGGAAGAUCAAGAUCUGUGAAUGACGUGAAAAGAAUGCAAAUUUGAUACUUUCAUAAAGGGAAAUUUUUUCUCGGGAAGCUUAUAUUGUUAUACUAGCAAGAAGAACAAAUGGUUUACCCCUCUACAGGUAUAAAUAAGAUGUUUGGCAAGGGAACUUCAGCAAUGGGCACUGUUUGUGAAUUUAGCACAUUCUUUUCCAGGAAUAUAUUAAUUUGAACUGCAACGAGGACAGAGAUCAAGAACGUGCCUCCACUAUUUCCACCUUUUCGCUGCAGAAUAUAUAGUCUUCUAAAAGUAGAAAUUCCAUGGAAUAUGUUUCUCCGAUGAAGAAGCAUCUUGGUCGGCUAGGAAGGAAACAGAAAAUGAUGAAGAUGAUGAGGAAGAAGAGGAUGUAACAGGAAGGAUGCAGGAGAGACCAGAUGCGAGAGUCACAGUGGGCGUCACCUAUCAAAUCCCACCAGCUGGGAUUCAUGUGGAGUGAUGAUUGCAGCUCUACGUUUCUGAUGCAUUUUUAUAAAAAAAAGAACUUACCAUAUCAAGACAUUAAUUUUUGAAUAUUCACGAAGAUUUUAAGCUGUGGUAGUGAAUUUGACUGAUAUUUUUUCACCCACCCCUGCAUGAAUGAACCAUCCUCUUGGAAGAUCUUAUAGCAAUGCA